UUGAAUUUAAUAGGUGACGAUGCGUUCGUUCUUUAUGGCAAGCAAACAAUGCAAAAGCCAAUAUGAUUAUAAAAUAAUUUUUGGAGUACACGAAGCAGGAAAUUGCUGCACACUUUAUGGGCCAACUCGACAACUGCAAAAAGGUUUAACUAACUGCCGAUGAAUGUUGAUGACGAGUUGACAAAUGUGCCUAAUACAGUUGAAUGCAAUAAGCCGCGGCGUCUAGUCGCAACGGUACACUAACUUUGAACGCGUUUAAACGGAUUUUCAUUUCACGCUCGGUUAUGUAGCUGCGUGUACAGUACAGUUAUUUUCUUUAUAUCAACUGGUAUUUCAUUGAACAGCAUGCUGUGGAACGAUCUCUGCUAUAAACUUUACUUCUGGCCAUUUUUGAAUUAUCUGGCGGGGAUCAAAGGAAUAUGUCCAUUCUAUCCAGGUUUUUUUCCAUUAAUCACACUGCCACCAGGCACUAUAUUGACUACGCCAUCCACAGUGUUUACAACAACAACAACCACCACCACCACUACAACCCAAACCACAGUGCCAACAUUUUCUCCAACACCACCAACGGUCACAACACUGCCACCAUGUCCGGUGCAGCCGCUGGUGUGUUUGAAUGGUGGCGUUCGUCCGAUACCCUACUGCCCAUGUAUCGAUCCGAGACAAAGUGGUCUAGCAAAUACGAUGGGCUCAACAACAGUAGCACCAUCUGUGGCGUCUCGUGUGGGUGCAGCCUCGGUCGAAUUCCAAAAUACUGCGUUACCGUCGGAUCGUCUAACCUUUAUGCCGGUCAAUAAUGCUCCAUCGAACGUUGUUUCCAGUUUACAACCACAACCAAGUAGUAAUCCUAACUUUUUCAACUUGCCUUCGGGCGUGCGAAAUGGCGUACAGCCGAGCGCAGCGCCCAGCCCAGUCGGACUCGGCUCGGAUACAAUGGUUUUCAGUUCGCUAAGUGGCCGGCGUCGCAGAAAGCGUCGGAAGAGAAAUGUGCAUAUGGAAUAACUUUUUUCUUUUAUGUUUUUGUAUUUAAAUUUUAAUCAACG